CCUCAUACCAUUAAAAUUUUCUUUUUGCAAUAUGAAAACGAUACAACUUUUUGGUUUCAUGCUUCUUUUUCAUAAUGCCGCCGGUUGGCAAGGCUUAAACAUUUUCGUUAAAAGAACCAAUAGUGAGGAGACCCCAAGACUUCAUUUAGACCUCAACAAGUCGCCUCCCAGAGAACCUUCUCCUCCUGAGAACGAUGGAGCAGACCCUCUUAUGCCUACAUCGCAAGGUGACGUUCUCACCUCUUUGAAGCCAAGAAGGCCUUAUGUAUACUAUCCAAGGAAACAAUUGCACGAAUUGAGUACGAACAAGAAAGCAAUAAAAGCCAGACUCGCUCGAGAAAAAUUGCGAGAAGGCAAAAAUGAAAACGCGCUAAGCCUUUCCUUGGAAAAGCAAAGGGCACGCAUGGAACCUCGUAUGGAAAGAUAUCGUAAAGAGACCAAAGAACUUGGUUAUUCAAACCGACCAUUUACGUUGAAAAAAAGAAGAAUUAGGGAAAAGAUUAGAAAAGGUAUAGCAACGGAUGAAGAACGUGAAUAUAUAAGAAAAAUAAAACAAAAACUUUCUGCUAGUCCCUCACAGAAGAAAAAGAUUGACGAUAUGAAAGCAAUAAGGGAAAAAGCACGACAGGGCACGGCAAAUGAAAAAGAGUUAAAUGCUUUGGAAAAACGUAAAAAGGCUGAUCAAGAAACGUAUCAGAGAAGAAAACAGCGGAAGCUGAAUUCUGAUGAGGCUUGAAAACAUUCUAUUGAACGGGCUUGUCGCAAGUGCCACUAGAAUCGAGGGCGGCCGCCCUUGACUAUAGGGUUGGCCUAUGCAAAAGGCGCAAUACAAAAUAGAAAAUGUAAUAACCAGAAUGUCCUGUAAAGUUUUCUCUUCUUCAUCCAUCAUCUUCUUUCUCUUGGUGGGUCUUUUUCUGUCACAAACAGUUUUUUCAGACCCACCCGCCUCCCCUAUCAUAGCGUCGCGCUCAUCCAGCCGUUGUUCCGGCAACGGUCGGGAGCAGGCCAGACGGGAACGUCCACCGAACGUUUUGUAAUCACUUCUUUCUUCAUCAUCAUCCAAUCCUGUCUGAACUGUGCGAUAAGACCAAUUGCCCAAGCUAGGAUGCAAACUAACACUUAUUGCUGGCAAAAAACGAGAACUUUCUAUGAGUAGCUGGU